AUCUAUCUACUUGUUACAAAGAGGAUUACCGCUCCCUCUGCUUAGCUUAGUUACCUCAAAUUAGGAUGAAGGUAAGGAGAGGUCUGCUGGCUUCAGCAGCCAUCUGUCUGCCAGGUGGACAGAGGAGCACUCUUUCUGUUGUAAAUGGAUACGAGGCUGGAGCUGGAUGUUUUGAUAUACCCAGAUGAGGUGAGGGUCGCCACUCCAGAGGACCUCAGAGAGUGGGAGCUCGAGACGGCCAGUCAGCUGUCCAUCCCCACCGUCCGGCUUUUUGUGGCACUUUACCCGUACAACCCCGCUGCCAUGUCUCCCAACUAUGAGACGGCUGCAGAGGAGCUGCCCUUCGUGCCUGGCCAGAUCAUCAAGGUGUUUGGCGACAAAGAUGUUGACGGUUUCUAUCACGGUGAGUCGGGCGGUCUCACCGGUUAUGUGCCAAGUAACAUGGUGGCUGAGGUCCCGGUGGAUGAUGACUACCUGAAACAUCUACUCAUGCAGCAGGGAUUUAUCCCCGUAGACCAGACAGGUCUCUCCGUCACACCAGAUCUGAGUGACUCGGUCAGUAUCUCUGAUGAAGUGAUCGUUCGUAGAAUGGUGGCCUUAUUUGACUACGAUCCAUGGGAAAGUUCACCUAACAUGGACAGUGACGCUGAGCUCGGCUUUCGAUCAGGAGACAUCAUCUACGUGUUGGGGGAAAUGGAUGGAGAUGGAUUUUACUAUGUGAGCACCAUUUCCGCAUUUAUCACAAGAUGA